AAAAUUAAAUAUAAUAAAAACGGAAUUUUGUUGAAUAAAAAAUAAGACAUACGCAAGAGAAAAGAAAAAAUUAAAAGUGCAAUAAUUUAUUUAAUGAUUUUUUUUGUUUGUAAAUUGAAACAUUUGACGGCGACUUAAAAACAAGUUGUAACAAUUUAAACAAAAGAAUAUUUCAAUAUUAAGAAAUCGGAAUUUAUCCUAUGACUGAGAUACAAUAUAAAUUUGCUGAAAAUAAAUUAAAAAUAUUAGCGUUAAAUUUAAAUUUAACGUCAAGAAAAUUGAAUUCUUCUCUAAUAAAGAAAAAAGACGUCGACUUCUAUUGAACAAUGGCAGCGCAUGAAAGACCUUUGCGGCCAUGGGUGCACAGUUUUAGGAAAAUUUACCAAAACAUUUAUGACCUCAAAAUUAAUCUUUUUCCUAUUAUUUAUUUUGUGUGCCAUAUUAAUACAAACCACACAAGCGUUGCCAGCGCGCCGUGUUGCUACAUCAGGUCGAAAACUCAUUUUACACACAAAUGUCUACAGAGAACGCUAUCAUCAAAAACUGUUAGAAGAACAAAGACAACACAAUCAACAGCAGCAGCAAAUACAACAACAGUUACAGCUACAGCGACAGCAAACAUCACUACCACAUCCACCUUCAAUACAUCAUCUGCAGCAGCAGCAACAACAACAGCAACAAGUACAAAAGAAUCAUAUAUUUUCACCAAGUCAAACACUAAGGCGCCAUCCUCAAACCCAACCCCAUCAUCGUCAUCAUCUGCAUCAGCGUGCAGCACCCGUUACAUCUACCCAUCAUCAGUUGCAACAGUACAAAAUGAGUUGCAACGGCAACAAUGUCUAUCAUAAUUUGCACAACCAAAUGAAUGCCAGCAUGGAGUACAUCAAAAACUUAUGCGCCAGCUAUUUAAGAGAUCGUGGCAAUGAAACUUUUGAGGGUAUGUCGGAGACAUGGAAACUAAUUAGUUUGGAAACCAGAAACCCCAAUCGCAAACCAGUUUCAAUUGAAAAUGAGCUACACCGGGAAAUCCAUGAAUUCUAUCUGAAUCUACACAACUUCGAUCAACUCAUUGAUUUUGCCUCCGAAGAUACAAAUGAAAACAAGACCAAAAUUGAGCACGGCGAAGAGAUAUCAAUUGAUAAGAUUGUGAACUUCUUUAAAUUGGUCAAGACCGAAAUCCGGUUCAACAUGAAGGAAACCAAUAAUUUAUUGGAUAUUUUGGCCAUAGAAAAACCAGAUUUAGCCAACAAUAAGGUGGAAUUCAAUUAUAAUAUGGGACGCCGAGUACGAGAUUUUCUUAUAAUCAAGAAUUUGAUAGAAGAGUUUGAACGUAUUUUGCAAUUGGUGCAAAAUUAUUGUGAAAAUAAUGAUUCAGAAUAAUUUCGUUAAGAAAAACAAACUGAAACAAAUAAAUGGCAGUAAAACAGGGAGAAAACAUACAAGGCAGUAAAACAAACUAAUGUUUGAGGAAAUUCCAGAAGAGGAAACAAAAAAUUUGGACAAAUUACUUAAAAUAAAAACACAA